AUGAUAAAAGCCACGAUGUUCUGUGUUAAAUCGAGGCAACUACCAAUGCUUCAAGUUUCGGGAAAUUGCUUUUUCCCUUUCAAUCCAAGCUUGCAGGAGGAACUUAAACGAUUAUUCACCGAUGAUUUCACAUUCUACAGUUACUAUACCAAUCCGUAUCCUAACGUGGACGACGUGAUGGAAGAAUUUCGUCACAAUGGACGGGAUUUUGAAUAUUGUCCGGAUGUCGACGAUUAUCAACAGCCUGUAGCUAAUAUUCGUCGAAAAAAGCCGAAAAAGCCAUUACCAAACGUAUGCGUCUUUUGUAGAAACAAUGGCGUUGAGGAAAUAUAUUAUCGGCAACAUUUGAUCAAGUAUGCUGAUGGCCGUGUGCAGUGUCCCGUUCUUAGGGCAUAUACGUGUCCGAUCUGUGGUGCUACCGGAGAUACAGCGCAUACUGUGAGCCAUUGUCCAAUGAGAUCCAAAAAUUCAGGAUCUUAUCAAUCAAAAUCAUCAUUCGAGACAAUUUCAACCACGAACGAUCCAAAAUUACAAAGAAAUUCAAUAGAAGUUGAGCUGUCGACUAGAAACGACGACCCGAAUAUAUUUGUCAUGUAUCGUCAUUGUUUUUCGUUAAUGAUCAUCGCGUUAAUAUCGACGACAACGAUCGAUGGAAUAUUAACAAGAGGAUCAUCGUCAGUGAAUACAUCGUCCUUCGUUAAAUUUAUCGAGGAUCGAUCGAAGAUCGAAUUUAUUUCACCUUCCUUCUUUCAUCUUCACAAAUUUAAAUUAGAAAAGUUAGAAAAAAUUGCUAGUACUCCACCGACUACGGAUUGCAUUUGUGUACCUUAUUAUCUUUGCGAUCCUAAUACCACCAUCAUAACCGAUGGAGCAGGAAAUAUAGAUAUCAGGUAUCGAAGAUGUACCGGGGAUUUGGAAGUUUGUUGCAAAUUACCUAAUACCACUGCAGCUCCUAUUGUCACUCCAACAACAACAACAACUACUACUACUACUACUACUACUACUACUACAACUAAACCACCUCCUACGACAGUUCCUACGACAGUUCCUACGACACCUCCUACAAGCCCUCCUACAACACCUACAACACCUCCUACAACACCACCUACGACCGUAACAACUAUGCAAUCUACGCUUCCUCCAAUAAUCUUUCCAACGGGUUAUCCUAUCCUACCUACUGGAAUACCUGGUCUUAAUUGCAUAUGCGUAUGGAGUUGGCAAUGUGAUCCCCAAAACAUUGUAGUGAUUGGUACAUCAGGAGAAGGUAUUAUUAUUCCGCGUCAACAGACAUCUCUCUGUCCAGGUGUAGGACAGGUUUGUUGCAAAUUAACAUCUAACAUUGUACCAACUAUUAUAACACCGACCAUACAACCCCAAGGACAGAUUUGUAUUAUUUGCGGGAAUACAUUGCAAUGUACUAAUGGGGCUAAUCUCGUUAUACCGUCAUCCGGUAAUGGACCCAUUACCAAUGUCGAUACAACCGUUAUUAUUAAUGGCCUUGGACAAAUGAAAUUCCCAGGGACAUCUAAUGCUUGUUACUGUGUCAAAAGUUGGCUCUGUACACAAGGGAAUGUCAUUAAUAUCGAUGGAGCUGGUAUUAUCGAUCCAAGAUUUACCAUUUGUACGUCAGCCGAUGAAGUUUGUUGUAGGCCAGCUGGUAUCAUUGCAUCAAAUCAACUGUACUCUAAUAUACCUGCUGGACCACGUGAUCUUGUUAUUAAUAAUCCGAUGGGUUCUCUUGAUAUUCAAGUAGUAUGCGGUAUUCGUGGUACAGCUAAUGCACCUGCGACACCUUAUCCAUUAUCAUCAGGCAAGACCUAUUUCGCUGAAUUUCCAUGGAUGGUAUCACUUUUUGUGAAACAACCCGAUGGUAAAUAUUUAUAUCGAUGUGGUGGUUCUAUGAUCAACAAUGGAGCUGUCUUGACUGCUGCACAUUGCGUUACGAAUCAAGAAAACGGAGUAUUCAUCGCCCGAUUCGGACAAUGGAACGUGAAAAAUAACAGCGAGCCUAUUCAAGAAGCAAGAAUAAAAGCUAUCAUACCUCAUCCACUUUAUUAUAGCGGCGGUUUGUUUCACGAUGUAGCUAUAUUGAUAUUAAAUUCAACAGUGAAUUAUGCAACAAACGUGAUACCAAUAUGUCUUCCACAACAAGGAAUGACAUUUUCAUCCGGUACUAGAUGUCUCGGAACAGGUUGGGGCAGUAGUGCUUUUGGUUUAAAUGGUGAAUAUCAGGCGGAAUUAAGAAAGGUAGAUCUACCAAUUGUAGAACGAUCAGAUUGUCAGAAUCGUUUAAGAACGACGAAUUUGGGACAAUAUUUUUUAUUACAUGGCUCGUUCAUUUGCGCUGGCGGUGAACCCAAUAAGGACACUUGCCGUGGCGAUGGUGGUGGUCCUUUGAUUUGUCCAACGGCAACUGGACAAUUCAUUCAGGCUGGUAUAGUGUCCUGGGGCAUUGGUUGUGGCGAAUCUAAUAUACCUGCCGUUUAUGCCAGUGUAUCUCAGCACAAACAAUGGAUCGAUCAACAACUCGCGAAUUAUGGUGUACAAUAUUAAAAAAACAAAAAAAAAAAAAAAACAAAAAAUCAAGGUAGUUAUUAUUGGUAUAUAAAUAAAAACUUCAUAUCUAGUCCUGCC